AGGAAAUUCGGAAAUAGUAGUAAUCGAGGUGCAUUGAUACGACAACACCGAGGAAGUUAAAACUAGGCCAAGCAAGAGUCGGAAGUGAGGAAUCACCAGGCGAGACUUUCCGCAACAUCGCGAUACCAACAAAUACCUGUACACCUGAGUACUCAAGUACGUACUCGAGGCUGUAGCUCUUCGUCAUGGCACCAGGACUCGACAUAACGUUGCUCCGACAAGACAAUACCACCGUCAUACACCUGGCCGGCCAACCCUCAAAGACACCAGAAUUCGGCAUUACCGAGCUCUCUCCAACACCGCCAGAGAUCAACCAAGACCUCCCUCUACAGAGCACAUUCGUCCUCAAUCCCACCUUCAUAACCCAAGAAUUCGACCUGCUCCGUUUCGAAGCCGCAGCAUCAGGCCAACUCCCCACCGGCCCCAACAUCACCACCACCCCAGACCUAAAAUCCCACACCGAAGAAGAAGAAAGGACAAAUUCAGCCUCACCAGCUUACUCUACUCUCCUGAUUUCCUCACCCUACAACAACCCAGGCCACUACCUCGACCUCUCCGUUCUCCCCACGCCCUCCCUCCUCUUCGCCAAAGCCCUCACAGCGCUCAAACCCACGAGGCCAGACUACGCAACAGCGCCGUACACAGAGGCAUUGAACUUCCCCGCGGUCCUAGCUGUGUUGAGGGAUCUAGCCCGCAAGCAAGGCGUCCAGUGGCCAUCGACAAGCUUCUACGUCGUCACCUUCCGGUCCCAGCUGAAAGACGGCAUCGACAACGACUGGCUGUAUAAACUCGAUUACGAAUCUCACCGUGAAGCGUGCGAGUCUGGUGGUCUGCUGAAGUACUGGUUUGGCAAGUCGAAUGGGGAGAGGCGGAAUCUAGCGACUUGCUUCUGGCACUCGCGCGAAGACGCGUAUAAAGGCGGUCUGGGCCCGUGGCAUAAGAAGGCGCGUGCGGCGGGACGCGAGCUGUACGAGCAGAUUGUGUUUUCCACACAUCGCCUUACCCUGCUCGAUGGAGCUGAGGACUAUCGCUUCGAGGACUGGAGCGAGUGAGCGGAUGAUUGAGUCUGAAAGAGGUGUGUACAAGGAGCACAAAAAUACACUUAAAAGGCGGCAUACUGUGUGCAUUUCAAUGCGGUAUUAUAUAUCAAAAGCAUCCGGU